UAAAGGGAGGGGAGGGGUCGCAGUUUUGACAGUAAUUUAACCUAGAGCAAACAGUAAACUAAAAUUAUCCCAACAGGGAAGGGUCUGGUUUAUCAGCGAUCACCAGAAUCCGAGCAGUACUGCGAUACAGAGACAGGCACAGCCACUGAGGAGUCCUCUCUGUCGUUGCCGUUGUUUUCUCUUGUUAUUGUUUAAGAGGUCACUCAGGGGGCAAUGAAUUUUGGCCUGGGAUUAAAGCCGCCCGUGGGGGAGUCGAUGAGCACCAUGGACAACCUGGAGAAGCAGCUCAUUUGCCCCAUCUGUCUGGACAUGUUCACCAAGCCCGUGGUCAUCCUGCCCUGUCAGCACAACCUGUGCAGGAAGUGUGCCAGCGACGUCUUCCAGACAUCCAGCCCGCUGUGGCAGAGCCGCGGCUCCACAGCCAUGACCACCGGGGGGCGCUUCCGCUGCCCAUCCUGCCGGCACGAGGUGAUCCUGGACCGCCAUGGCGUCUACGGCCUGCAGCGAAACUUGCUGGUGGAGAACAUCAUUGACAUUUACAAGCAGGAGUCCAGCAGGCCCUUGCACCCUCUGCCGGAGCAGCAGCAGCAGCAGCAGCAGCUGAUGUGUGAGGAGCACAAGGAGGAGCGGAUCAACAUCUACUGCCUGAGCUGUGAGACGCCCACCUGCUCCAUGUGCAAGGUGUUUGGCGCACACAAGGACUGUGAGGUGGCGCCGCUGCAAAGCGUUUACAAGCGCCAGAAGACAGAGCUUAGUGAUGGAAUAGCGAUCCUGGUGGCAGGAAAUGACCGGAUGCAGGCCAUCAUCUCACAGAUGGAGGACAUCUGCAGAAACAUAGAGGAGAACGGGCGGCGGCAGAAGCAGACCCUGUGCGACCAGUUCGACGGCCUCUACACCAUCCUGGAGGAGCGCAAGAAGGAGCUGGUGGAGAGCGUGAGCCGUGAGCAGGACCGCAAGCUUCGCCACGUGCGCGGACUCCUCCGUCGCCACGGCGACCACCUGGAGGCCGCCGUCAAGCUGGUGGAGACGGCCAUUCAGUCCAUGGAUGAGCCACAGAUGGCUGUGUUCCUGCAGCUUUAA